AUGGAGGUGACCACCGUGUCCCCAUCUCCUGCCUCACCCACUGAAGGAGAUGAUCUGUGUGAGACAGAUGUCACCACUGUGGCCACCCACACUGUGACACUGCUUAUCUGCCUCUGUGGGCUGGCUGGGAAUGGGGCUGUCCUCAGCCUGAAAACCAGGAACUCCGCCGUCUUCUAUCUGACUGUCGCCGACUUCCUCCUCCUUCUCCUCAUUUUCUCCUCCACCCUCGUCUUCCUGGUGGAGGAUGUGUCCUGCACUCCUAUCCUGCCCCUGCUGUACCUGCAUUUAAUUAUCCGCCUGUCACUGCUCUCCUACUACUUUUGGCUGUUAUGGCUGUGGAGCAGAAGAGAUGUGUUUUAUAUGGAGAAGCUCUGGAAGCUCUGCUGCCGCAGGGAACUCCCUCAGUGCCUAUUCAGUGUGGUGGCAAUUGUCGAAAUUGUUCCCAUCAUUGUCUCUAUUGUAGUGACAUUCCUGUGCCCAUCACAUCAGGCGGAGCACUGCGGGGCAGCUGGCAUCUCCAUGUAUAUCAUCAUGCUGCUCCUCUUUGUUACACCAUCGCUAAUUUCUAGCACAGUCGACUACAUUAGGGCCAAGUGCGGCUCCCAGCAGCAGCAGCCCAAGAGGCGCGACAUUGUUACCUCCAUCAUUAAAUUCUUCACUCUCCUUCUCAGCCUCUGCAGUCUCCUGCAGCAGUUCGGUUACAUCCCUGUAUCCUCAGAUGUUUUUUUCCUGCUCACCUGCAUCCACAGCAGCAUCAGAACCUUCAUCUACUUGGCAGGGAGGCGCUGGAGGCCCUGCUCUGUGCAGUCCCUCCAGCUCUCCCUCAAGAGGGUCUUUGAGGAGCCAGGUGAAAACACUGCCCACAGUGAUGAUCCUGCCACGGACACAGUCCUCUGA